UCCCCCACCCCCCGACACACACACUCAGUAAAAGACUGAAAGUGAAAGUAGAAUAAGGUCGUGGCUUAGGAGUCGUGCAAACCCACCAGAGACAGAGACACUCAGAGGAAGCUCAGCGACACUUCACACCUGUACCAAAGAUUGAAACAUGGGAUUUUCACAGUCCAAACCUGAAUUUGCCACAGUUUUGGCAGAUAAACAUGUGAAAAUCGGAGAAGACAUCAUUCUUCACUGUGAGGCAAAAACAGGGGGAUUAACAGGAACUUGGGAGAAGAACAAGCAGAAACUGGAUUGCGUGGAGGACAAGACCUUCAUGACACAAACUGGAAGAUCAUUUCUCUUGAAAAUCAGAAACGCUGAGGAGGGAGACGAAGGGAACUACACUCUAAUCCUGAGGAAUAAAUCUGAUAGGACUUCAUGCUCUGCCAUGGUCACUGUUGAACAGAAUGAAUGGAGGAGGGUGGAAUGGAAUCAAGAUGGAGUGAUCGAUGCCCUCAAAACGUUUGAGAUUAGCAAUGAGAAAGUCGACACGCUCCGUUUCCUUCUGUAUGGACCCAUUGGAGCAGGAAAAUCCAGCACCAUCAACACCAUCAAGACUGUUUUUGAAGGACGUCUGUUCAUCAACUGUCUGGCUGCUUCACAAAAAACUCCUUCUAGUAGUCAAAGCUUAUACUAUGAAAAAUUUGAGAUCAGGAAGGAUGGAUUGCUUCCUUUCGCCUUCAAUGAUUUCAAGGGCCUAGAAAAGGAAGACACUGGAGUCCAUGCUAAGGACAUCAUCAGCGCUUUAAAAGGUCACAUGAAAGAGGGCUAUCUGUUCAACCCUAAGAUUCCUCUGCCUGAAAACAGCCAGUAUUACCUCAGGGAUCCCGGCCUGAACGAUCAGAUCCACUGCCUGGUGAACGUCAUACCAGCAGACACGAUUUCAAUGAUCAAAGACGACUACAUCAAAAAAAUGAAGGAAGUCAGAGAAGCAGCCAGCAUAAUGGGAAUCCCGCAGGUGGUUUUUAUGACGAGAGUGGACUGUGCAUGCCCAAUGACGAAGAAAGAUCUCCGCAGCAUCUACAAAAGCAGGAAGAUCAGGGAAAAAAUGCAGGAGUGCAGCAUUGAGCUGGGUGUCCCAGAGAACUGCAUCUUCCCUGUGUGGAACUAUCACAAGGAGACGGAAAUCAAAGAGGAGAUAAACUGCCUGAUGCUGCACGCCUUGACAAAGAUCGUACACUUUGCUGACGACUACAUAGUCAAACGUUCUAACCGAGAAACCUCUUUGGAGAAGUGAAUUUUGACCUGUUUUGGCUGAUGGAUUAUUAAUCGAUCGAUCGAUGAAAGCAAAUACAGGCUAUGCAUUAUCAUUUCUUGUUACACUGUUAGAAGUGAAGGUUCUGUUCAGGUCCAUUUCUCAUUCAUCAGGUACUAACAGUCUAAACGUUCCCUCAAAGCUCCAGCAGUGGGUUUAAGGUCUGAUUGUGGAGCUUAAAUCAGGUUCUCCAGGUGAAAAG